AUGUCGUCUAGUGAACAUGAUAAUAUGAGUGAAUCAUCCAACUUGGAUCCUGCCUCUAAUGAGUCCACAUUUUCUCCUUACUCCGGUACUUCACCCUCGCAGAUAGUUCCUGAAUUAGCCAAUGGAAUAAUAGAGUUGACCUGUGAAGAUGCAAUUCGAGAAAACAAACCUUACUUAAGGAUUAUUGAAGAACCGGUUGAUUACUUUAGAUUUCGUUACAGAAGUGAAAUGCUAGGUACACAUGGGUGUCUGUUAGGAAGGAAUUCGGCUCAAGUAAAAAAGUCUAAGAGUCAUCCCACAGUAGAGCUGUGCAACUACAAUGGAAGUGCACUCAUAAGAUGCAGUUUAGCAAGGCACAACAGUUCCCUGGAGCAUCCUCAUAAACUGACUGAAGAAGACCAGGACAGAGAUAUAACAAGCUUGUUACCAUUACGAGGAUCUUAUAAAGUAGCAUUCAGUGGUUUGGGUAUAAUCCACACUGCGAAGAAAGAUAUUCCGACUCUAUUAUACAAGAGGUAUUCCCAAGAACUCAAACAAAAUGAGUUUAAUGAAAGAAAGCUGCGCAUGCAGUGCGAGAACGAGACAAAAAACAUCAAUUUGAACAUAGUAAGACUUAUGUUUACAGCGCAUGAUGUCACCACUGGCGCACCGAUAUGUCCACCAGUUUUCUCUCAGUCUAUCAAUAAUUUAAAGAGCGCUGCGACAAACGAUUUGAAGAUAUGCCGGGCCAAUCGGUAUUACGGCAGACCAAAUGGAGGGGACACCGUUUAUAUACUCGUUGAGAAAGUUAACAAAAAAAACAUCGCUAUUCGGUUUUACGAGUUGGAUGAAAUUGGCGAUAAGGUGUGGGAAGAUCGAGGCCAUUUUUUACAAAGCGACGUCCAUCAUCAGUAUGCGAUAGUCUUUACAACGCCACCGUACCGCGACACAAAGACAAAAACAGAUGUGAAGGUUUUCUUCGAGCUAUUGCGUCCAUCUGACGGUCGUUGCAGUGAACCUAAAGAAUUCACUUACAUAGCGGACGUGUAUAAUCGCGACGUGAAGAAGAGAAAGGCUGAAUCCUACUCGUCUCUUGGCAGCUCAGGUGGAUCAGUCAAAAGUUUUAGCGAUUUGCCUCUAACACUGGAUUUUGCAAACACCUUAACUAAAAAGGAAAUGGAUAUUGACCCCAUGCCAAUUUUGCCCCCAAACAAUUAUAUUCCACCUACGCCCCCCCUCAAACUCAGACUUGAUGGGCGACGCGUUGUUACAGAACGUGUCUAG